AUGGGCUGCAUACAGAGCAUCACCUGUAAGUCGCGCAUCAAACGCGAAAACAUAGUGGUCUACGACGUUUCCGCCACUAUCGACCACUGCCCAACAGUCAUUGAGGAGAACUCGCCUAUAGUUUUGCGCUACAAGACGCCCUAUUUCAAGGCCUCUGCGCGGAUAGUGAUGCCCCCUAUUCCCCGUAAUGAUACUUGGGUGGUGGGUUGGAUCCAGGCAUGCACACAGAUGGAAUUCUACAACACCUACAACGACAUCGGCAUGUGAGUUGAGUUCUCCUCCUGUUUUGUAUUCCUCCAUCAGAAGGCUAGCUGCUGGCUGUCCUCUGUCACAGGGGACUGAUGCACCAACCUCCCCCUGAUGAUAUGUCCUAAACUGUCACCUCUCUGGUGCUGUGGGCAGGUGCCAAAGCAAAGGAACAGACCUUGGUCAUCGCUCCAGUGUGUGUGUGUGUGUGUGUGUGUGUGUGUGCAUGUGUGAGAGAGAGAGAAAUCUUAAAUGCCACAAAUCUCUGAAUCGUUUUUGUGUGGCAUCAAAAAUGACAUGAAUGCAAUGCAACAGUUGAUGUAUGGCUGUGUGGGUGCAUGUGUAGCAGAGCAUUUGUGCACACAGCAGGGUAACUAUGCUGUCACCCUCUUUCAUUCAAACGCCCACCAAUUGAUUCUGUUCCUGUGAUUUCAGUAUCAAAAUAGAAACAACUGAGGAGCUAAACAACUGCUUCUAGACACAUUGUGUUCACAGAAACAAGGGAGAGAGAGAGAGAGCGAGAGAGAAGGAGAGAGAGAGAUGCACUGACACUCCCACGCUCCCUCCUCUACCGGAGACAGAAUCACACACCCACUCAGACACCCACUGACGAGCAACACAAUUCAGCCGCCUCCUGCACUGCCUGGGGGUAUUUUUCUCUGGAGGAGGCAUAUGUGAGGGGGUGUUUAACCCUGGCUAGGGGUGGGGGUGGAGAUGGGGUGUCUGGGGGUGCAGAAAAACACGGGGUACAGACAGAUGGAGUUAUUCUGAGGGGGAGACAGAGGCAUCAGGUCACACCAGCUGACACCCCCUCAUUGGCCCACACACAAUGAGAUAUGACUCUACUACUGACGCACUGAACCAUUUAUCACACAUACAGUAUGGAGCCCUGAGGUAGAAUAGAGAUAGACAUGCUGAUUCCGUUUAUCAAACAUGUCUUGUAUGUAUUUGUUUGUCUUCCUCUGUUCUCUUAGAGAAUGUCUAACUUCCAAAUGUGUUUGUGCUGUGUGAGACACCUAAAGCCUUUUGAAUCUUCUCGUGACCCUACAGUGUUACCAGCCACAACACAGUGUUAAUCUGGGACCCACUAAGAACAGGCUCCAACCCACCAUCUGUUAAACUGUAAUCUGACCCUUUGUCCUCCUGCAGGUCUAGCUGGGAGCUACCAGAGCUGUGUGAGGGUCUUGUGAGGGCCAUCAGUGACUCAGAUGGGGUGAGCUACCCCUGGUACGGCAACACCACCGAGACGGUCACCCUGUCGGGGCCCACCUCCAAGCCCUCGCGCUUUACCGUCAGCAUGAACGAUAACUUCUACCCCAGUGUGACCUGGGCCGUGCCCAUCAGCGAUAGCAACCUUCCCUUGCUCACCCGCAUCAAGAGGGACCAGAGCUUCACCACAUGGCUGGUGGCCCUCAACACGGCCACACGGGAGAAGAUCCUGCUGCAGACGGUCAAGUGGCGCAUGCGGGUGGACAUCCUGGUGGACCCCUCCAUGCCCCUGGGCUCCAGAGCCACCCUGAUGGGCCGGGCACACCAGGACCAGCCCCGCGUCCUAACCCGCAUGGAGCCCAUCCCCCCCAACGCCCUGGGGAGGCCCAAUGCCAAUGACGCCCAGGUGCUGAUGUGGAGGCCCAGAAAGGGCCCGCCUCUGGUGGUCAUCCCUCCUAAGUAG